AUGUCGCAUCAAGAGAACACCAAGAACGUACCUGAGGAACAUCGCGUUCACAGGACGGGCUCCUGGCUUCCAGCAGACCACCGCGUCCACAAGAAAUGGCUAUCAGGCAUCAUCGAGCGGGUAGAAGGCAAUCCUAAAGAGUUGCAUCCUGUAUUGCGAGAGUUCAAGGAUCUGAUCGAGAACAACACACGUAUCUACAUACUGGUAAACUCCAUGUUUGAAGAGAUACCUACGAAGAAGCCGUACAAGAACGAUCCUGUGGGCCAUAAGCAGGUCAGGGAUUACCAUCACAUGUUGGAGCUGUUCAACCACAUUCUUACAACAGCACCGGAAUGGAGUGACCAUGAGUAUUCUAUCGGGAUGGUGGGAACCCCUUUCAAUGCCAUCUUGGACUGGCCAAUGGGUACACCUUCGGGCUUCGCCUUCUUUCUGGACCCCGAAGUCAACAAGAUGAUCAAAAAGGUCCUCAAUGCAUGGGCAGAGUUUCUCGACUCGCCAGCAUCAGCAUAUGUACUCGGUACCGAUAAGAUCGGCUGGCUCAGCGAACACGGCACUCACGAUCUCGCAUUGACAGCCAAUAUUGGCCAAACGUCUCACUCUUUUGAAGAGAUGUUUCAAUGCGACCCAUCCAAGGAACACCAUGGUUACAAGUCAUGGGACGACUUCUUCACCCGCCACUUUUACGAAGAUAAGCGACCUGUUGCCAGCCCUGAAGACGAUAGCGUCAUUGCCAACGCAUGCGAGUCGAAACCGUACAAGGUUGGACGCAACGUCUCCAAGCGUGACCGCUUCUGGCUGAAGGGUCAACCUUACUCACUCAUGGACAUGCUCGCCAUGGAUCCGCUGCACGAGCAGUUCAUUGGCGGUACCAUCUACCAGGCCUUUCUAUCUGCAAUGAGCUACCACCGCUGGCACGCGCCCGUCAGCGGCAAAGUCGUAAAGUCAUACCUCAUUGAAGGCACAUACUUCUCGGAACCACUUUUCGAAGGUCUCGGUGAUCCCUCAGCCAAGGGUGGCAUCGAUGAAGAAGGCGAGAAGACCGGCCAAGGUUACCUCACUGCAACUGCCACACGCGCCAUCAUCUUCUUCGAGGCAGAUAACAAGGAUCUUGGCCUAGUCUGCUUCAUGGGUAUCGGCAUGACUGAGGUUUCAACAUGCGAUACCACUGUCAAAGUGGGACAACACGUCAAGAAGGGUGAUGAGAUAGGUAUGUUCCAUUUUGGUGGAAGCUCGCAUUGUAUACUAUUCAGGAAGGGUGUGGAGUUGGAAGGCUUUCCGGAUACACAGAAUGUGGAGCACAAUAUGCCUGUGAGGGCGAAGCUGGCGACUGUGAAGGCUACGUGA